CGUGGCGUCAGAUCAUCAGUAUGUCUGUGCUGUGGCUGCUUCUGGGCCUCCUUGCCCUCACCGACUCAUCUGAAAGUGGCAACUGGGGAUGCUACGGAAACAUCCGAACCCUCGACACGCCCGGGGCAUCUUGUGGGAUUGGAAGACGCCGAGGCCUGAACUACUGUGGAGUCCGUGCUUCUGAGAGGCUGGCCGAGAUCGAUAUGCCGUACCUCCUGAGAUACCAACCCAUGAUGCGCACCGUUGGCCAAAAGUACUGUGUGGAUCCUGCAGUGAUCGCGGGUGUCGUGUCCAGGGGGUAUCCUGGCGGCAACCUUCUGGUCCAUGGGGGCAAUGUGGAUGAUGGAGUCAGGGUGGUGCAGGACACUGGCCACUAUGCCCCCACUACCUGGAUCAGCGAGUCGCAGCUGUCACAGAUGACCGAGGUCCUGACUGUUAGAAUCAAAGAAAUCCAGAGGAGGUUCCCGACCUGGAGCCCCGACCAGUGCCUGAGAGGGGGACUCUGUGCCUACGUUGGAGGGCCCAGCUAUGUCAGAAGCAGCCAGGACCUGGGCUGUGACUUCUGCAAUGAUGUCCUUGCACGAGCCAAAUACUUCAAGAGACACGGCUUCUAACACUUCAGAUCAACCCCAAGGUCAUUUUCAUGCAGGAGGCCUCAUCUGUUCCACAGAUAAAAUGAGCCAAUGCGCUUAUAACUGAGAAUCUGAGUUUGACCUGAAGGUUGUCAAAAUAACAUGACAUACAUUAAAGG